UGUUGGGACAGGAGUCUCUCACCUCUCCGUUCAGGCUGCUCUCACUCAAACAGUGCGGUGGGAGCGAAUGCCCAGCUAUCCAGGGACCCCAGGCUCAGGAUAAAAUCACGGCCCCCGUUCCCCUCUGGGAUGAGUUUUUGGAGACGCAACAAAAAGAAUGACACCAAAAAGAACACGAUUGAAAAAGAAGACGUACCAGACAGUCCUGUCUCCCCCAUAAACUCACCAAUCAUAGAGAGUGAUGGGCUGGAUCCUGUCAUUACAGACUUCAGGUUACAAUUGCCGGACGAUAAAGAUCACUUCAAAGACUCUGGAUCAUCGACAUCGUCAGAAAAAUCUGACUUGUCGGUGGCUCUGGAGGACUGCAUGGCAGUGCUGGAUUUAUUCCUGCGAAAUGAUUUUGAGGAAGCUUUGUCCAAACUCAGGAGCAGGACUAAAGACAGCAUGUACCACGCACUCACGUAUGCCACCAUUCUGGAAAUGCAGGCUAUGAUGACCUUUGACCCUGAGGACAUCUUGGCUGCAGGAAAUACCAUGAAAGAUGCUCAGGCUGUGUGUCAGCGAUAUCGCAAGAAGUCUUCCUUCAACAGCAAAAACUUCACUGAGGAGGAACUGCAUGCUGAAGUGUGCUAUGCUGAGUGUCUCCUCCAGAGGGCAGCACUGACCUUCUUACAGGAUGAAAACAUGAUCAGCUUCAUCAAAGGUGGAAUCAAAGUGAGGAACAGCUAUCAAAUAUACAAGGAGCUUCAUACAGUGCUGAAAUCCUCUGGUUAUGUUCACGGUGAUAAUCAUGGCCACUUUGAGGGGGGAGUGAAGCUAGGAGUGGGAGCGUUUAAUCUGAUGCUGUCAUUGUUGCCCACCCGGACCCUCAGGCUGCUGGAGUUUGUGGGUUUCUCUGGAAAUAAGGAGUUUGGACUAGAGCAGCUCCAAGAAGGCUCUGCUGAGCAAACAUUCAGAUCCUUCCUGUGUAACAUGCUUUUGCUCUGCUACCACACGUUCAUGAGCUUCAUACUGGGUACGGGGGAAGGCGAUGUGGAGGAUGCAGAGAAACUGCUGCAGCCAUAUCUUAAGCGCUACCCUAAGGGAUCCAUCUUUUUGUUCUUUGCUGGCCGAAUAGAGGAAAUCAAAGGCAACUUGGAUGCUGCUAUUAAGCGUUUUGAGGAGUGCUGUGAAGCACAGCAGGAAUGGAAGCAGUUCCAUCACAUGUGUUACUGGGAGCUAAUGUGGUGUUUUACCUAUAAACGGCACUGGAAGAUGGCAUACUUUUACGCAGACCUGCUCAGCAAAGAGAACGCCUGGUCUAAGGCCACGUACGCAUAUAUGAAAGCUGCCUACCUCAGCAUGCUGAGUCGGGAGGAAUGCCAGACGUUUGGGGAGAGCGAGGUAGCAUUGUUCAGGCAAGUGCCUGGGCUGAAGCAGAAAAUUGCUGGGAAGUCACUACCCACUGAGAAGUUUGCUAUCCGCAAGGCUCGACGAUACAAUGUAGAAAACCCUAUUCCUCUCCCUGCUCCUCCACUGGAGAUGAUGUACAUCUGGAAUGGCUACACAGUUAUUGGGAAGCACAGAGACUUGACAGAGGGAAUGCUAAAGACACUGGACGAGGCUCAGCAAAAACUCGAACAGCAUCCAAGGACGGAGUUCUCUAUAGAUGACCAGUGUGUGGUGAGCCUGCUGAAGGGCCUGUGUCUCAAACACCUAGGCCAUCAUGAGGAGGCUGAACACUACUUCACUCUGGUCCUCUGCAAUGAGACGCAGAUUAAGUUUGACCACUACCUUGUGCCUAACGCUCUGCUGGAGCAUGGUUUGCUGUGUCUGGAGCAGGGCAGGCGAGAGGAGGCCAUCAAGUUACUGGAGAUGGCCAAGCAGAACUAUAAAAACUACUCCAUGGAGUCACGGACGCAUUUCCGGAUCCAGGCGGCGCUCCACAAAGCAAGAGCCACAGAGCAGAAUGGAGAGAACUCACCCUCAAGCCCCUAGCAGCCAGUGACAUCGCAGGGGUCAGAGAGGUCACAGGGUUAACGCAUGCCAUGGUCAUGCCUUCAGAGCGAGGAGGGACCUCAGGAGAGCAGAAAACCAAACAAACAUCACCAGAACUGUCAGAGGAGCUGGACUAAGUUUCUGACACAAGAUGAGAAAAUCGCUGUUCCAUCAGAUAUAUGUUCACCCCCAUACAGGGAACACAGGUGCAUGCACAGAUAUGAGGAGACAACCAUAGAACUAACAUAACCCAAUAUAUUGUUCUGAUACAGAAAUACUUGUACUCUAAGCUUAUAAUAAUGUUUCAUACAUGUCAGCUGAGGGUAUUUGUAAGUCUGUUUUCAUGUGAGUUAUGCCCUCUGACCCUCUACACUAUGGCCAACUUGUGACAGCAGCAAACUGGCCAUGCUCUUUAAAAAAUAGUUUUAUUUUGAAAUAGUUUUAACCGUUAUGCUCAAACUGUUCUUUUUGGAGGGAAAGUUAAACAGGUCAAAAGCAAAGUUAUGUGCCAGAUGUCAGGCAAUAAACAUGCAUAAAGAAAUUGGAUGGGAAAUAUUUGUUAAAUUAUGUAACAUUGAUUCUACUGUGUUCCCCUGAUAGAAGGUCUGCAUAGCCAUUUUUCACUUCAAAAAUCUCCCACUUUUCUGAUGAUCAGUGGCAGCCUUACUCCUCUACUCUCUGUGUAAGCUGUGAUGCCAUCACAAACUUAUUAACUAUGUAAAUUUAAAACUGGGAGUAUGUGGGUUUAUUUAGUUCCUUCUUUCUAGUAUUUAUUCUCUGUGGCGUCGGCUUUGUGAAAUUGUCCCAUUUUAAGUGGACAGCUGAAUGUGUCUUUUAGAAAGGCAGUCUCCUUCAUGUGGACUUGGUCCAGAUAGUACUUGAGCUCAAACAAACAAGUCUUUCAGAUCGAAGCAGCCAUGGUGCUCCAGCCAUGGUGAGAGAUGCAUUGACAUCCACUAUAGCCUUAUACUAAAAUAAAGAGAGAUAAAAAGGACUUGAAAUUUGUUUUUUGUUUUUUGCCUUGAUUGUAUCAAACUCCAUAGUAAUAUUACAAACUUCUCAAAUGCAGUCUCUAUAUAUGUUUUGAUUAGCAAACAGAUGAUGUUAAAUCCCAAAGGUGUGUUUACAUUACUGCUUUAUUGAUGAAUUAUUAUUUCCCUAAGUACUUUAUGUCCUAGAGCAGUGGUAGCUCUUUAUAGCCUGCUAUCACCAUUCCACCAAAGUCAAAGCUGAGCCAAAAUAAUAAUCAAAAUUUCUGAAUCUUGCAAUUCAGAAGUUGCUAUAUUGGGUUAAGAUGCAGAGCUUUAGGAUAAAAUACUUAGCUUUGAUAUGAAGGACUUCAAUGGCUGUACAUUCAACCUGCUGAAACUCAUUCUUUUCACAAAGGUGGUAGAACAUAAAUUUGAUUAAAAAUUUAUGAAAUAUAUAAAGUCUGAGGUUUUGAAUAAUAAUGUCUUGCCCGGUCUAAAAUGUUUUCCAUUGUGCUACAAAGCUCAGAAACCUUUCUGUGGUGUGUGGCUACUGUACAGGGUUGGGUUUCCCAAAAGCAAUUUAGGACAUGGAUGAUUUUUAAAUGGUAGACCGAGCAUCACAUUAAACACUCUCUACCAUUAACACCAAGAUACCUUUGGGAAACUGGGCCCUGAUCAACAUUCCUGAGAAUACUGAAUGUUUGUUUUGUAAUUUACGAUUAAAUGACAUCAUUACCUUCCUCCA